AGUGAAGAAAGAUAGAAGUUUCAGCAGGACUCAGUGGAGUUUCAUAAAUCGCAUGUUAAUCAUGAAUGGCUGAAAAACCGCAAUCAAACCGCAAAGUUCCUGAAGGGAUGAGUUCUGAAGAAGAGUGACAGUGAAAGUGGUCGCAGUUGAAUUGGCUAUUUUCUUCCGUUGUUCGGGAAGCUAAAAUCACCAAUCACAUCUAAAACAAUUCGAGUGCUGCACUUUAAAAGAAAUCAAAUCGUUGUUACGAAAUAGAACUCGACAAACCAAAAGAGUCGGUUUCUGUUCAUCUACGACAGCAAGUCAAGUCCUAUAACUCCCUUCAGAAGAUUAUCACGUAAAAGCUAUUGUGCUGUCGUCAAAUAAACAAUAGUUGCUGCCCAUCACAAUGCCAAACAAACCAAUCACUCGAACUGGAUCUGUACCUUCUGUAUUGAGCGUUGAUGGGAUCGGAAACAAACGUCCACGAGAUGAAACCUCUCCGUUCACAAAUGAUGACAAUGUUAGCAGUAUUUCUGAUUUGUGGAGCAAGAUGCAGCGAAUGUUUGCUGAUUCAAUUUCCAAGAUCGAAGCGAAAAUUGAAUCCAGCCACGCCAAGCUAGAAAACCGUAUAAUUGCUGUUGAGAGUCAACUAUCUGCACUGAGGUUGGAGUGCACCGAGAGCGUGAACAAGCUUGCUUCUUCGGUGACGGAGUUACGUUCUGAGAUGUUCCUUGCUUCCGUUCCUCUUCCUGAAAGUUUUGCUGCCGAUCCUGGAGGAGUCAUUGCUGGAUAGAUGUUGCUGCUGUUGUUGGUGCCGAUGGGGAGCCUGUGUUGCUGAAGCUGUUGUUAUAAAAAUUCAUUGUAAUUAUACACUGGUGGUGGUGAUCAUGAAUUGUAUUCAUCUGUUUAAAUUUA